UUAAUCAUAUCAGGAGGUUGCUGCAAACUGAUGUGGUUUUAACACAAGUCGAAUAUGAUUUGCUAGUUCAUGAUGGUCAGCCAGAGGGAUGAAUAGCAAAACUUUAAAUCACCUCAUUCUAAACAUCAGUAGUCUAGCUGCAGCUCCUCAUUACAGAUGUAUGGCAGCACCACUCGCACUAUUCGAGGGGGUGCGCGCUACCUGUGCUUCGUUGGCUGUAAUAACUAGGCUACCAUGACCAAUGAUUUCUGACAUUUGAAGAGGGUCUCUCGGCUUGCUCACUGAAUAGUAGUCUUUAAAAGAAAUGUGCUUGAUGACCCAUUAAUUUAUUGGAUCUACAGGCUCACUAACUAUGCCAGUCGCUCCCAUUUUCAUUGUAGUUUCGAGUAUUAUUUCCAGGUCAAAAUUUCAGUUUCCUGUGUGGCUUGUUUGUAGGCUUCUAAAAAUGGCCGGUGAUGGAGGCGCUCUGAAGGAUAUCAAUGAGAUUAAAUCCCAGUUCAGGACUAGAGAGGGUUUUUACAAACUACUGACCCUCUCGGAUUCACAACAACGAGGCGGACUACCUCGGGGUUUGUCCGCAGGUACCACGGUGGGCCCCGGGGGUGGACCGGGUUCGAUACCCGGUGGUGGUGUAGGUGUGGUGCAGGGGCCCGGAGCUGCCUCCAGCAAUGCCGCAGCCAACUCCUCUCCGGCGGGAUUCCUCCCUCCUGUCAGGGUCUCCAUGGUGAAGCUUCAGCCGGAGGACCCGAGCGAAGAAUCCGAGAGAGUGUGUUUUAACAUCGGAAGAGAGCUUUAUUUCUACACCUACACAAAUAUAAAGAAAGCUGUGGACCUCAGUAAACCCAUAGACAAGCGUAUCUACAAGGGCACCCAGCCCACCUGCCAUGACUUCAACCAGUACUCUGCCACAGCAGACAGUGUGGCCCUCAUUGUGGGCUUUUCAGCAGGCCAGGUUCAAUACCUGGACCCCAUUAAGAAGGAGACAAGCAAGCUCUUCAAUGAGGAGAGGAUGAUAGACAAGUCCAAGGUAACCUGUCUGAAAUGGCUGCCCAAGUCAGAGAAUCUGUUCCUGGCCUCAUACGCCAGUGGUCACCUCUACCUCUACAACGUGGAGCACCCGUGUGGCACCGCCGCCCCGCAGUAUUCCCUGCUCCGCCAGGGCGAAGGCUUUGCCGUCUACGCCUGCAAGACGAAGACGCCCCGAAACCCGCUGCUGCGCUGGGCCGUAGGAAACGGAGGCCUUAAUGAGUUUGCCUUCUCGCCGGACGGCGUGCAUGUGGCGUGCGUGGGCCAGGACGGCUGCCUGCGUGUCUUCCACUUUGACUCCAUGGAGCUGCAGGGCGUGAUGAAGAGCUACUUCGGUGGCCUGCUGUGCGUCUCCUGGAGCCCCGAUGGCAAAUACCUGGCCACGGGCGGAGAGGACGACCUGGUGACGGUGUGGUCGUUUACGGAGAGCCGUGUGGUGGCCCGGGGACACGGCCAUAAGUCCUGGGUGAAUGUGGUGGCCUUUGACCCCUUCACCACCAGCCUGGGGGACGAGGAGCCCAUGGAGCUGAGUGGCAGCGAGGAGGACCUACAGCAGGGGCCACUGCACUUUGGCCGCGUGCGCACCAGCAGCACGCUGUCACGCCUCUCCCGCCACAGCUCCAAGGGCGGCUCGCCCUCCGUCACCUACCGCUUCGGCUCGGUGGGCCAGGACACCCAGUUCUGCCUGUGGGAUCUGACGGAUGACGUGCUGUACCCGCGGCUGCCUUUGUCCCGUGCCCUCACCAACACCUUCGGUCCCACCAUCCCCUCCUCUGUCAGCGGCACCAUCAACAACACUACAGGCGGAGGGAGUGGAGGGGUCGUAGGCGGGGUAGAGGGCCACCACCACCCCACCACUAACCCCCACCAGCCCCCCACCAUGCCCCUGCCACUCCCCCGCUCCCUGUCGCGCUCCAACUCCCUCCCGCACCCCGCCGUGGCCAAUGUCUCUAAGGGCCAGAGCACAACAGAGGGCGGGGGAGGGAGCGGAGGGGGCAACGCCACCCCCUUCAGUAUCGGCCGCUUCGCCACGCUCUCUCUGCAGGAGCGGAAGUCAGACAAGUCUGGAGGGAGUGGGGUGGGCGGGGAGAAGGAGCACAAGCGCUACCAUAGCCUGGGAAACAUCAGCAAGAGCAACGACAAGAUCAACGUAGCGCCACGCAGCAGUCGCCUAGACGCCGCCAAGGUCCUGGGCACCACCCUGUGUCCGCGGAUGCACGAGGUGCCCCUGCUGGAGCCCCUGGUGUGUAAGAAGAUCGCCCACGAGAGACUGACCGUGCUGGUAUUCAUGGACGACUGCAUCAUCACCGCGUGCCAGGAGGGCCUCAUCUGCACCUGGGCACGGCCUGGUAAAGUGAACUUGACAGCACAGAACGGGAACUCUCCCAGUGGCACGGUAGUAUAGCUGGAAGUGGAACUUUGCACUCCCUCCUCCCCCCCAUCUGCACCCGAUCAUCACAGUAUUGCACCCCUGAUGUACCCCCUUGCCUUUCACCACUUCUCUUUAGAAAGACUACAAAGCAAAAUGUGGACCGUCCCUCUUUUCCCAGAAGCAUAGAGAAGGCAGACUCCUCUCCACCCUGCUAACACUACAAAAGUCAGUCAUUUUAUUUAUUUAUUUUACCUUAUCACAAGACUUAAGUAAUUUAUAUUGUAAAUAAUUAUACAAAUACUCUAUAAAUUCAGAGGAUAAAGAGUAUUGAAAUAAUGACUCAAGCGAGUGAAAACAAUAAAAUAAUAUCACAAUAUGUAGAUCCUAUAUUGUACAUAGCGACACAGUUAACAUUGAAUGUCUGCAGUUAGGGACCUGAAGAUGUAGUGUUUUUGUGUGAUAGAGGUCCUUGAUUUGUCGUGUCCCUUGACGCAAACUGGUUUGGUUUGUCAAUAAAGAUGGACGCAUUUAGGGUCUUCGGCAUCAAAGACUUGACCCUUGUGCAGUACAGAGAGCAAUCUUCCUAUGGCUGCUACUGCACUCUUCAGCUGAGACUGUCUGCUCCCAGGUAUUCUUGUUCCUAACAUGACAGCACAGAGUGACACACUGUACACAAGUAUGCUUACAAUCAGUGUAGCUUCAAAUAGGCUCCAUUCCACUCACACCUGCAAUGCCUCUUGCAAGAUUUUGCACAUUCGACAGUCAGAAUUUUAGCCCACAGAAGGAAACUAGAGGCAGUUUGUCUUGUUGUGAUUUCUCUUUUGUGUUAUGUUAAUUUAUUUCAAGUUAUUUCAAGCUACUGAUUCUAACUGGACUGUAUUAUUUGUGGAUUCUCUGUAUGUGAUAUCCAUGAUAUUCUACCAACCUGUGGGCCUUGCAUCAAACCAUUGUUUUACCUAGAAAUUAUUUUGUGUGGGUUUUGAGGUUCGGUAUGCUGAAAGGCAUGCGACAACAAAUGAGUCAAACCUACUAGUGUGAUAACACCAGACUAGAAAUGGUGGUGGACCAACAACAACAAAAAUGUGUGGAGAAGAAGUGACUGUGUUUUUAAGAUCUGGCCAGUUAAGAACACUUGGUAACAGAAAUGUUUACCCUGGCAAGUUCAAGGGCCUACCAUCUUAUUAGUGUAUGUCCUAAUAACAGUUGUGAAAUAGCAAAAGGUGACACUAAAACCAAGACUCAAAUCAUUUAAUGUACACUGAAGACUACCAACUGACUGAAUGCCUUGUUCAAUACUGCAAGACAAUGGGAACUAACCAUUUUAUGCCAAGGGAAGAAAAUCCAUUCCAUUUGUUUCUCUUUUUGACCGUUUACAGCAAACCAUAGCAUGUAAUGUUUAAUUCAGUGUGCAUUAUACAUAUGCCUGAGGUGAUGAAGUUAGUGGCAAAUGAUAUCACAGUAUCAAGUUUGUAUAUGGAGUUCUGUUAAUAAAAUUCUAAACCCAAA